AUGUUUAGGAUACAAGAUUUGAACCCUAUUUUCAGUACCCCGUUACCUUUUUUCCCAGGAACUACUGGACAGGUCAACAGUAAUCAAAUUCUACCUAAUAAUACCAGCGGAAAUAAUCAGACAUGUCAUACUACAAAUACAAACGUAUUUCCAGCAAUUCCAAGUUCUAGCGCAGCCAGUUUUGCUAAUACAUUUAGCAAUUCUGUUGGGCAACAUUCUAGCAACCCAUAUACCCCAUCAUUCAUUGGUAGUCCAACCGCCAACACGUUUCCAAGCCAGCAGCUGAAUAAUGAUAAGGCCCUAAAUUACACUAGUUUUUAUAAAUUUUGUUGUUUGAACAGUGUGAACUGUUUUUUCUACCAAGUUUGCUCACCAAACAAUGGAAAUGGAAACCUGAAUGCAAUAUCUGCUACCUAUCAAGUACUACAAUAUGAGCAAUUGAUAAAAGACAAGUUGGAAAAUGAUUACCAAAUCAAAGAUGUCAUCACGUGGAUAGCCAAGAAAGAGCUUUGUGUUUUUCAAUUACAAGUAGACAACCCAAGUGAACCAUUCGAGUCGAACGUUGGAUUCCAACAACUAAAAGAUGCAAUGAACAAUAUCAUCAGUGAAAAUAAUAUUCCACUGAAAUUGUCGUCCUGUUCAACUUUUGACUCGAAGAAAAUAUUUAGAAAUAUACAUUCAAAAACCGUAGCAGCCCAAAAUAGUCUAGAUAACAAGCCAUAUAAUGUCGUCUAUUUAAGUUUCCUAAGAGCUGUUCAUAAACUGAUUUUACAAAGACUGGCAAAGUCCCAUUCAUUAUUUGAAGCCUCCAAUCAGUCAAUAUCUCUGGACAUCUUCCCUUACAGUGGACAGCUGAUGGCAUCUUCAAUGAUACAGAGGAAAAUAGUUACAACUAUACCAGCGGAUUUUUUGAAUACUUCCAAAAAGAAGAGAAUAUUGAAAAAGUUGGUGCCCUACUCAAUAAUCAAAGUAAAUCCUUCGUUAAACCAAAAAAAUGAACUCAUCGUGAAUUUUGUUAGUUUAAAAAAGAUAUUUUACAAACUAUCUGAUUUUAUUACCAUUUCGUGUAACAAUUCUCUUUCUAUUCUUGAUGGAAAAUCAAAUUUUGCAUUGUAUAUUGCACCUUCAGGUAUAAGGUGUCUUAUUGCAGGUGAAAGGUACUCAGAUUCUAUAACAGAUCAACCUCCUCCAAAUGGUGAUGUUUUGCUUGAUGUUCUCAAGAACUUCAAUGACAUUGAUAUUUUGUCUUGCCCUACAUUGAUAAAUGAGAAAAGAUUAUGGAUUAAACUUCAUCCCAGUACAUUUAACUCUGCUACGGGGCCCAUUAUUGCUAACUUUCUGAAUAAAAUUCCAUCUAACGGAAAGAAAUUUAUCUAUUGGCCAUUAGAGCUAUGCUUUAUUCAAUUCCCUUCUGAUGCCUCCCCUGGAAUGGAUAUGGAUGAACCCAUUCUUGAUCAUGCCGAGUUUAGGAUUGACGAUCCUCUGGAUAUUGUUGAUACUUUUUUAGAAAUAGAGAAAUCUAAAAUAAAUAGUGAUAAAGACGACGGGCAGGUGGUUCAAACCGCCAAUAAUGACCAGACCCAACCAGAAGCCGUGAUGAUGGGAACCGGUGAAAGCAAAUCAUUUAAGUUCCCAGAAAGCUUCGACUUUAAUCCAGGAAUGGACCAUUUUGAUCAACAACUAAAACCUUUAAAACACCUCACCACUGGAGAAAUUGAUGGUUUACAUGAUUAUAUCAAGUCAACCGGUGACCUGGAUGAUUUAUUUGACAACAAGGCCAUCGAUUUGGAAAUUUCAGAGAAUAUAGCAAAGCAGUCGGAGAACGACUUUGAGCAACAGAUAAAGCACGAAUUUGAGGAGUCUAACGAAAAUAACAGAAGUGAGAAUGUUAUUAAAGGAGAUACAGAUCCUUCCAAAGAUAAACUGGAUUCCAACGUUGACGAUGAUUGGAAUGAUUUGUUUGGAGGGUCCGUGUCUGACGUUGAAAGUUUGGAAAAUAAAGGAGAACUUCAAGAUUAUGAUACAGUGGAUUAUGAAAAGGCAAUGGACGAAGCUGUCGAUUCCGCAAUUGAUAAUAUGGAACUUGAGUCGAAUUCAGAAUAUGGACCUGAAGCAUCAACUCAACCUCAUGCCAAAGAAUAUAGUGUUGAAUCUGUGAAGCACGCUGGAAGUGGAAGUGAGAGCAGCGUAGAUGCAAUGGCUCCGAGUGUCAAGGGGGCAAUCAGUACAUCCCCGUUUUACAAAGAUCCUGGUGCUCCUUCUCCGAUUCCUUUCCAAAUUUUUGUUCCCUCUGAUGCUGGUAGUUUUGAUACAACCAAGGACAUGGCUGCGGCCAAUAAUCAAGUUGAAUCCAAUAUGAAUGAACCUAAAAAGUCUGUAUUUGCUCCACUAAAUUUCAACCCUCUCAUUCAAAAGGAAAUUGAUAGCAAAUACAGUGAUGGUGGAAAGUUCUUUGUUAAGCAUAAUUCCCUUGACCCAUUCGAAUUAAGAAAUCCAGAGUCAGAGCAAUCCUGCUCAAAUUCUUCUACAAGGCGAACUCCUCUACUUUCUACAAAGGACAGUAAAUUGGAGGAAAUAAGUACAAGAAGGCAAUCUUUUUUGGCAGCUCCUGGACAUAACUCUGGUUUGGUAGAUUUAAAUGACGACUUGCUAUCAGACAGUGAUGAUAGCGACAAAGACGAUUCAAAUAUACUCAACGAAAAGCUUAAUGAUGAUGGACACAGAGAACAGGAUGAUUUUUUAUCCAAAGUCGAUGGGAAAGAUAUGUAUAAUACAUAUGACUUGCUAGAUAGUACCAAAAAUGAUAUAGCUUGUGAUAUUGGUAUGGAUCCCGUAAAUGAUGGAAAUGAAAUCUCAAACCACUCAGACUAUAGUGAAGAUUUUUCAGAUGAGCUAGGAAUAUCUCCUGCGAAUGUUCAAAAGUCAAUAACCGGUUUGGGGAUUAAAAUGGCAGGAGUUGUGGAAGGUAAUUCUGCAAAGAGAAGAAAACUGGAAACUAUUUUCGACAAUAUUUUGGAAGAUGACGACAAUGAGCUGGAUCUUGAAUUCGAAGAUAAUGAUGAUAACGAAACCAGAGAAGACGAGGUUCGUCACCGAAGCGUUGGGUUCAGUCAUCCGGAAACAAGUAGUCACUCUGAAAACAAACUCGUGCCUAGGUUUGAUAACUCAGCAACUCCGUUGAUUGCAUUUGCAGAACCGCCAGCUGAAACCCCAGUCAUAAAGACUGUAACCCCGCUGAAAAAUAUUGAAGUCCCGAAUUCGUGGUUCUACGUGCUAAGAAUGAUUGCACCGAUUCAAGUUCCUUUUAACUUUUUAGGAUCUAAGAACUUGACUAUAAAAAUGUUCCAGGUUGUUGAUGUGUUACCUAUUUUGCAAGAACUUGUAUUGUAUUCUCAAAAGUAUAUGAAUAACACAAUGUUAAACACAAUAGUCAAAAACAGAGAAUGUCCUUCAGUUCUAGACUCUGACGUUGAAUAUCUACUCUUUAAAAUAUUUCCUAGUAUCAAUAAAGUCAAUGUGUUUGAGUUAUUAGAUUCUAAUACUGAAUCUAUGGAAAAUAAACCCUUUGAUUCACUAUUUGAAAAUCACCAAAACCAACAGCAACAACAAGAACAAGCUCAUAAUUGUCAGAAUAAGCUUGAGGAUAAUUUGAAACCCUUUGAUGAUAUGGGACUUAGUUUAUUUUCCCUUGUUAUGAGUAAUAACCAAACGAAUCAAAUUGCUAACCAACUGCCUCUGGUUGAAGAUACUGGUAAUAAAGAUCAGGACUCUGAAAUAAAUGGCUCCAUUCCUUCUCAUAACUUAUUCAGAGUAGAUUCUACUAAAAUACGUAUGAAGAGGGCUAACGAAGAAAUAGUUGCAAACAAGGUAAGCCUAAAAUAUUGGAAAAUUCUGAACUUUGAGCCACAUUGUAAAAAAGAUUUCAAGGUAAUUUUCAUUGUUCCAAAAGUGAAUGCAAACUUUAAUAGUUCCGCCUUAAAUUUUCUUGAUAACCUCAUUGAUUGUUAUAACGAUUGCAAAUUGGGGGAGAUUGAAAAGGGGUUUGAAACAGGAAUCGUUGAAGUGGACUGUAAAAUGGACAAUAUGAAUGAUUACUGGGAAGAAGCGGAAACCCAACUUCUUCAAAGUGUCGAAAGUAUACAAUCUACCAUGGCUAUUGAAGGUGAUAAUAAACUAUUGUUGAUGUUUCUUGAGCCCUUCCAAAGCAUAGAAUCAAUCAUAAAAUUAGCAGGGGUUUCCCAAAGGUUUGAAGCAGCUAUGAUGGAGAAAAAUAUAUCUGAAAAAUCAGAUCCACUAAAAAAAAAAAAAAAGAAAAAGGUUAAAACUAUUGUUCGUUUACCCCUUACACUCUUCUACAAGGCUUUUUCUGUAGAGUCAUUUUACUUAAACGAGGAAGGCCAAUUUAUUGUUCUCACAAAUCAAGAGUAUACACAAUUGUGUUUUGAGUUAUUCAAUAUAUGUCCAAGGAACAGUAGAACUUCUUUAAAAGACCGGAAUAGCAUGUUCUGCAUUGAAAAUGAAAUCCAAAAUGAAAUUGACUUUAGCCUUGCCAAAAGAUCUUCCUUAAAGAGCCUAGUUGAUAAUGAGACAUUUCUUCAUCUGUGUUAUGAAAGGUCAGUUGAUAAGAAAUGGUGUGUGGCUAGUUGGAUAACUCAAACUGGUGAGUAUAACUACACAAAGUCUUGGUACAUUAGUGAUCAGUUGGAAGGAAGUAAGAACUUCGAAGAAGUUGCAAAUGAUAUCAUGUCAAUUACGACAGAUUAUAUCUCAACUUUUGGAAAAAAGACUUUCGUGAUUUUAACUAGAUUGAGCAAUAUUAUUCCCGACGAUGAACUAGUUGAGUGGAAAAGAUUAUCUUCCAAAAACAAUGACAUAAUGCUAAUAGUGAUGACUGCAGAGUUAGAAUCGUCUUCCUUAAUCAUAUCUCAGAACUCAGGACCGAGAAUGGUAAAUAAAAGAAGAGAAGAAGCUUCUACUGAAGUGAACUACACAGUUUCUUCAACAAAUUCACAAACGCAAACACCUGCAAACCUUAUGGCGAGCUCAACCAUGCCUCAUCAAUUAGUUAGUAGCACGAAAUAUGAAAGUCCAGAAGUUUCGAUGUAUACUCCUUCUUUUGAAAAUGGUUUGUCACCAAUUGAUUCAAUGAACGCACAUUUACAAAUGCCAAUACAAACUCUACAACCUUUAAUGGAGAAUUCAGCUGGAACGGAUGAUGUUCCCAAAAUUUCUACUAUUAUUGACAUUGCAGAUGAAUGUUAUGGUCUGAUUUAUGAAAUACCCCAACCGCUUUCAAACCAACCAAGACUUCCCCUAAAAACUGGAUUUUUGGUUAAUACUGGUGAAGGUGUUACAAACAACAACAUACUAGAGGUCAAUUUACUAAGUUUUCAAGCUGGCAUGGAUAUCACAAAGUUUUUGAAGCGUUUGCUUGUGCAAUAUAGACAUUUGGGAUCCAUUGCGCCUUGUUUAGGAAUGACUGGUCUUGUUCGAGUGUGUGGUAAUGUUGCUUCAGAUGAUUUUACAGAAGAUGAUGAUGAUGAUGAUUUAUGGGAUGAUAAGAACCACGCGUCAAACCAAGGUGUCAUGUCUAAUUUUGUCAGUGAAAAGCUGGAUAGAAAACGUGAAAGGCAACUGAUUCAGCAGCAGUAUUCACAAUUUAAUAAAAUGUACCAGAGGCAAAAAAGGUUAAAAAUGAAAGAAAGAGAAAAGGAGAGACGUUUUGCAGGUGCUAGUAGUGAACAUAAUAUUAUACCUGUACAUAUGCUAGCUGUGAGGAAAUUAUUAGACUUUUUAGUUAAUAUAAAUGUGGAUUGA